CGACGUCUUGCCUAUUUGACGUUCCGACAGCCUCUGACCCAUCGAGUCUCAUCACUCGAAGGUCGACGAAUGAGUCUCAGUCAUCCUGAAUGAGGCCUUCGAUCGUCAAUGAUAAAUCAGCGAAUCGAUGUUGACGAGAAGAGGAUACCAACGUGUGGCUGACGUCCUGCUUGACCACUUUGCCGUUUGAGUCGCGGGCCUUAACGAUUCAUGAGAUGCCCAUGGCACUUUGGCAGGCCCUUCUUGUUCCUUGUUCAUCCCUUCAUUGCCUCAUCUUUUCACCGUAGUUCGAUAUUCGUGGAUGGCUUUUUUGGCUGUGGCAAUGUCUUCGUCUCUCAUACACUGGUCGUUUUGGCUGCGGUUGUGGCCUGUGGUGGCUGUUUGCCUCUGCUCAUCGCUUCAUUGAUUGCUUCAUCAAUCCAUCCCUUCCGCCUUCCAUCGUUCCCUCCAUCGAUGUGGCUUCUUGUGUCACCGUGGAAAGCUCUCCUGCUGCUCUAUAGGGAGAUGGCCUCCCGAGGUGGCCGGCAAUGCCAAGCCCAAACUCUGAAAGGCAAUGGCUGCCUGUACCUGCCCGUGCUUGACGUUUGGUCAACUGACAAACUAUCACAUACUCACUUCUACGGGCAUUUUUGAUGUCCCUCUCAUGGGCCGGGGCGUCUCGAAGAGGCAUUUUCAGAGUUUUCUGGGCGCGAAUGUGAGACGAACAGACGCAACUGCAGUACGUGAGUGCACUGUGCCGGUAUCUCGGGCGUACGAGUGGCACAGAGUGCUGGUAGUA